GCCCACAAGCAUCAGGAUUCUCGACUGAUCAAAAUCGAGAGAGAACUAACGGGCGCCAUGUCCUCAUGAUGGUAUUCGAUUCCAAUUUCACCCCCAAAAAUCUCCAGAGCUGUGGAUCCCAUCUGAAAUCUGAGGCAUAGGGGACUGAGAUUUGGUUCUUGGUCCCCUGCAGAUGGUCGUGUUUUGGUGCUGUGAAGGAAUAAAAUGAGGGCAUGCUUGAAUAGUUCGUUUCCGGGAUCAGCUCUUCAAGUUUCUCGGAAUCAAAUACAUGGCAAGAAAGCUUCUUCCUCGUUCACCAAUAAAUCUGGCGUUCAAGCUGGCUGCAAUUUUUCACUACCAGUGUGUCAGAGGCAGUGUAACCGGACUAUAUUUUCAUGUAUCAGUGGCAGACAUGUUAAUCUUUCAUCAUGGAACCUUAACUCAAGAAGCCGGUUUAGAAUUUAUUGCACCAAUGAAUCUUUCCCGAAGACGAGAGCUUUUAUAAGAUCUUUCUCACCAUUUUGGAAGGAGGGCUUGCUUUUGUUUAGAUGCUCUAUUUUCAUUGCGGUGAUUUCUGCUGUAGGAGUGUUGGUAUGGUAUGCUCAGCGGAAAACUAAAAUCUUUGUUGAGUCCCGCCUUCUGCCUUCUGUGUGUUCAAUAUUGAGUGAGUAUCUUCAGAGGGAGAUUAAUUUUGGUAAGGUGCAGAGCGUUUCACCUUUUGGAAUCACCCUACAGUCAUGUUCUAUUGGACCUCAUCAGGAGGAGUUCUCAUGUGGUGAGGUAUCUGCCGCGAAACUUCGCAUCCGUCCUUUUGCAAGUCUAAGGAGAGGGAAGAUUGUGGUCGAUGCUAUUUUAUCUCAGCCUACUGUCCUAGUUGCACAGAAAGAGGAUUUUUCUUGGCUAGGAAUUCCUGUACCUUCAGAAAGUGUCACGAAGCUACGCCACUCAAGCGAAGAAGGAAUAGAUUCUCGCACAAAAGCCAAAAGGGCAGCAAGAGAGCAGGCGGCUUCUCAAUGGGCCAUGGAAAGGGUCAAAGCAGCAAAAGAGGCUGCAGAGGCUGGGUACAUUAUUCGUAACCAUAAUCCAAAACAUGUCUUGACGGAUGAUUCUAGAUACUCUUCUGCAACAAAAAGUUAUGGUUUAUCGUAUUGUGUGGAUGAAAAGAUGCAUGUGAGGGAUCAUCAUUGCAUGGAUACUGGACUCGAGUAUGGCUCAAAGCAUGCAGAUUUGGAGAAAUCGUUUGGUGUGAAAAUUCCUUAUCAGGGGCUGAAGUUUUGGUCAGGAGCAGUACCAAAUGUUCUUAGCCGUAAAUUUAAACGAGUUGCUCAUAAAAAAGUGCUUUUCGAGUCUGGGUUUGCUUCUAAACAAAGAAACCUCAUCCGAAGUGCUGCAGCUGCUGCCGCAUAUUUCCGAAGGCUUGAUACUUUAGGGAAUUCAACUGAUUCAUGUAGUAAGCAUGGACGGGACUCUUCUGGUGGGGGUUGUGUGGAUACUGGAACUCAAGCAACUAUAAAAAUGGAAGAAUCAACAGCAUCAGAUGGAAUACAGAAGCUUAAAUCAUCCUUCACUGUAACAGCUGAGGAUAUAGCUGCUGAACUCGUUGAAGAUGCAGAUGAAAAUCACUCCAAGGGGAUCGAGAAGGUUCUUCCAGUCACUUUGGAUUGUGUUUAUUUCACAGAUGGAGCCUUGAUGCUACUGGGAUUUGGUGAUCGGGAGGCCAGAGAGAUGCUGAAUGUCAAUGGGUAUGUGAGGUUUCAAAACCACUACAGCCGUGUACAUGUCCAGUUGAGUGGGGACUGCAUGGAAUGGAGGAUGAAUUCUACUUCUGAGAAUGGAGGGCAACUGUCCACAGAUGUUUUUGUUGACACCAUUAAGCAAGAAUGGCAUGUCAAUUUGAAAAUCUUAAACCUUUUUGCUCCGUUGUUUGAGAAGAUCCUAGAAAUUCCAAUCACAUGGGUCACAGGUAGAGCUAGUGGUGAGGUGCACAUCUGCAUGUCAAAAGGAGAUACUUUUCCUAAUCUUCAUGGCCAACUAGAUGUUAGUGGGUUAUCUUUUCACAUAGAAGAUGCUCCUUCUCAAUUUUCGAGAGUAUCAGCUAUUCUAUGUUUUCGUGGUCAACGGGUAUUCCUGCACAACACAAGUGGCUGGUUUGGUGAUGCUCCUUUGGAAGCUUCUGGUGACUUCGGCAUAAAUCCUGAGGAUGGGGAGUUUCAUCUGAUGUGUCGGGUUCCUUGUGUUGAGGCUAAUGCUCUAAUGAAGACUUUAAAAAUGAGACCCUUAAUGUUUCCGGUUGCUGGCUCAUUAACUGCUGUUUUUAACUGUCAAGGUCCUCUGGAUGCGCCUUUAUUUGUGGGAAGUGGAGUUGUAACUAGGAAAAAUUCUCAUUUGAUAUCACCUUUACCUCCAUCAUGCGCAUCUGAAGCUGUAAUUAAUAAUAAAGAGGCAGGAGCUGUGGCUGCUUUUGACCGUAUUCCAUUUUCACAUGUAUCGGCUAAUUUUACAUUUAACCUUGAUAAUUGUGUAGCUGAUCUUUAUGGCAUUAGAGCAAACCUACUAGAUGGUGGAGAAAUUCGUGGGGCUGGAAAUGCAUGGAUUUGCCCAGAGGGGGAGGUGGAUGAUACCGCCAUGGAUGUAAACUUGUCAGGAAAGUUUCCGUUUGACAAAGUCUUACGUAGAUACUUAGCGGAAGGUAUUCAACUGAUGCCACUUAAAAUUGGGGAGUUAAAUGGAGAGACCAAAUUAUCUGGAUCCCUUUUAAGACCGAGAUUUGAUAUAAAGUGGGCUGCCCCAAAUGCUGAAGAUUCAUUCAGUGAUGCACGUGGGGAUAUCAUUAUCUCACAUGAGUACGUCACAAUCACUUCAUCAUCGAUUGGUUUCGACUUGUAUACUAAGAUUCAGACAUCUUAUCCUGAUGAUUAUUGCCAACAGAAACAACUUAUAGAUUUUAGGAAAACUGUGCCCCUUAUCAUUCAGGGAAUUGAUUUGGAUCUACGUAUGCGAGGAUUUGAGUUUGGAAGUUUAGUUUCUUCCAUUCCGUUAGAUUCAGCAAGACCUUUGCAUCUGAAGGCAACUGGACGGAUUAAGUUUCAAGGAAAAAUUGUAAAACCUACAAGGAAUAUUAAUGACAAGAUAAUUGGAUUUGAGAAAGAUCUAGAAGAUAUUCAGGUGACUGUUAAUGAUAAAGAAACUCUUUCUGGAGAGCUUUCCUUAUCAGGAAUCAAACUCAACCAACUUCUGUUGGCACCACAAUUGGCUGGUUCUCUGUGUAUUUCCCAUGACACUAUAAAGCUGAAUACUAAAGGCAGGCCUGAUGAAAAUUUGUCGAUGGAGGUCAUCCGUCCAUUAUGGCUUAGCACAGAAGAAACCUCGGAAAACAAGAGACUGAUAUCUAUAUCUCUUCAUAAGGGUCAACUAAGAGCUAAUGUUUGUUAUCAACCUCAACAUUCAGUUCAUCUUGAGGUACGAAAUUUACCUCUUGAUGAACUGGAGCUUGCAUCAUUACGAGGCACUAUUCAGAAGGCAGAGCUCCAGCUUAACUUUCCAAAACGGAGGGGUCAUGGAUUGUUGUCAGUUCUUCGCCCAAAAUUCAGCGGUGUUCUAGGGGAAGCUCUUGAUGUGUCUGCUCGAUGGAGUGGGGAUGUUAUCACUGUUGAAAAAACUGUUCUUGAGCAAUCUAGCAGUCGUUACGAGCUUCAAGGGGAAUAUGUAUUACCUGGAAUACGCGAUAGAUAUUCUGCUGAUAUGAAGAGGGAUGGUUUGUUUCAAAACGCAAUGGCAGGGCAGCUUAGUAGUAUAAUCUCUUCAAUGGGAAGAUGGCGACUCAGGCUUGAAGUUCCCAGUGCUGAAGUUGCUGAAAUGCUUCCCCUUGCUAGGCUUCUUUCUCGAAGUACCGAUCCCGAUGUUCGGUCUAGAUCCAAGGACCUUUUCAUGGAAAGUUUGCAGUCCAUUGGGUUUUAUGCUGAGAGCCUCCGAAACCAGCUUGAGGCAAUACAGAACCACUAUAAUUCGAUGGAUGAAAAUAUUCUUGAAGAUAUUAACCUUCCUGGUUUAGCGGAAUUUAAUGGCCGUUGGCACGGCUCUCUCGAUGCUAGCGGUGGAGGCAACGGAGAUACACUGGCUGACUUCGAUUUUCUCGGUGAAGAUUGGGAGUGGGGUAGCUACAGAACUCAGCGGGUCCUGGCAACAGGCUCCUAUAGUAAUAAUAAUGGCCUGCGCCUUGAGAAAUUAUUCAUCCAAAAAGGCAAUGCGACUCUCCAUGCUGAUGGAACCUUGCUUGGGCCAAUAUCAAAUCUUCACUUUGCUGUCUUGAAUUUCCCCAUUGGUCUGGUUCCCACUCUUGUGCAGAUAAUAGAAUCUUCAACCACAGACACUGUUCACCCAUUGCGUCAAUUGCUUAUUCCCAUCAAGGGCAUAUUGCAUAUGGAAGGAGAUCUCAGAGGAAGCCUUGGAAAACCGGAGUGUGAUGUUCAGAUAAGACUCCUAGAUGGUGCUAUUGGGGGAAUUGAACUUAGCCGAGCUGAGAUAGUUGCCUCGGUAACUCCAACAAGUCGAUUUCUGUUUAAUGCUAACUUUGUGCCUGGUAUCCAAAGUGGUCAUGUACACAUACAGGGAAGUGUUCCUGUCACCUACAGUCAGGUUGACUCUGUUGAUGAAUUUGACAAAGGAGAAGGUUUAGGUGGUGCAAUGCAGAUUCCAGUUUGGUCAAAAGAGAAUGGUAGAGUACUUGUCCGUGAAAGUAACGAAGAAAAAGUUUUCAGGGAGAAAAUUGAAGAGGGUUGGGAUAUUCAGUUAGCAGAAAGUCUCAAGGGCCUGAAUUGGAACCUUUUAGAUGCAGGUGAGGUAAGAAUAAAUGCGGAUAUUAAAGAUGGUGGAAUGAUAUUGCUAACAGCCUUAACUCCAUAUGCCAAUUGGCUUCAUGGAUAUGCUGACGUUGAUCUUCAGGUUAGGGGCACAGUAGAGCAGCCAGUUUUCGAUGGAUCUGCAAUAUUUCACAGGGCCACUGUGUCAUCUCCUGUUCUACGGAAGCCUCUUACAAAUUUUGGGGGUACAGUUAAUGUUAAGUCGAAUAGGCUAUGCAUAACUUCCAUGGAAAGCAGGGUGGAUAGGAAGGGGAAGCUAGUGGUUAAAGGAAAUCUGCCUCUCAGGACUGAUGAGUCAUCUCAUGGUGAUAAAAUCGAUAUAAAGUGUGAAGUUCUUGAAGUACGGGCAAAGAACAUUUUGAGUGGCCAAGUUGACAGUCAGAUGCAGAUCACAGGCUCCAUAUUGCAACCAAAUAUAUCUGGAAUGAUUAAAUUGAGCCAUGGUGAAGCAUAUCUGCCUCAUGAUAAGGGAAGUGGUGCUGCGGCUGAUGCAUUGGCAUCAAAUGUGCCAAGCUUUCCUCCUGCUGGUUACAAUCGAAUGAGCACAUCAGGUUAUGCAUCUCGUUUCUUUGGAUCACCAUCUUCUUCAGCUAACAGCAAAUGGCAUCAACCUUCAGGAAGAAAAUCCGAGGUGGAAACAAAAUUGGAGCAAGUGAAUGCUAAACCUGGAGUUGAUGUUCAGCUUUCUGAUCUGAAGCUACUGCUUGGACCAGAAUUAAGGAUAAUUUACCCUUUAAUUCUUAACUUUGCAGUUAGUGGUGAACUCGAGCUUAAUGGUAUUGCUCAUCCAAAGUGGAUUAAACCUAGAGGAAUUUUGACAUUUGAGAAUGGAGACAUUAACUUGGUUGCCACCCAGGUGAGACUUAAACGAGAGCAUUUAAAUAUAGCAAAGUUUGAACCAGAUCUUGGUUUAGAUCCGAUUCUAGAUUUAGCACUGGUUGGAUCUGAAUGGCAAUUCAGGAUCCAAAGUCGGGCUAGUACUUGGCAAGAUAAUCUAGUUGUGACCUCAACACGCUCUGUGGAUCAGGAUGUUCUCUCACCCAGUGAGGCUGCUAGGGUUUUUGAGAAUCAAUUAGCUGAAUCUCUGCUUGAAGGCGAUGGCCAGCUGGCAUUUAAGAAACUUGCGACUGCAACGCUUGAAUCCCUCAUGCCAAGAAUAGAAUCGAAAGGUGCAUUUGGACAGGCACGGUGGAGGCUAGUGUAUGCCCCUCAGAUUCCCAGUUUACUCUCUGCAGACCCCACAGUUGACCCUCUUAAAUCGAUAGCCAACAAUAUUUCUUUUGGUACUGAGGUUGAAGUGCAGCUUGGGAAACGCCUUCAGGCCUCUGUAGUUAGGCAAAUGAAAGACUCAGAAAUGGCCACACAGUGGUCCUUGAUUUAUCAGCUUACAAACCGUCUCCGAGUUCUUUUCCAAUCUGCUCCAUCUAAUCGCCUUCUAUUUGAAUAUUCAGCAACAUCUCAGGAUUAAUCCACUGAAUCUUCCCAGGUUAUUUCAAGAUUUAUCCCUCAGUGCCGGGUACAAUUAUCGAUGCGAACUUCAAUAUAGACAGAUACAUCGCAGAAGUGUCUUUGCUAUGAGAUACGUAAGUCCCAGCUGAGUUCUGGCCUUUUCAGUUUGAUCAGUUCGUGUUCAGAUAUUUUGGAAGAUCAUGCAGGCAUUUCAAAGCACUUUGGAACUAUACUACUUGUCGCCGCUCCAUCAGGCUCCAGCAAGCCAGUUCUUUCGAGUCACCAAUCUCAUACAUGAUCUUUUUGGUGUUUGUGAUUCUUUGCGUGCAGCAUUCAAGCAUCUGCAGGGUUGCAGCAGCAAUUGUAAAUUUAGUAGUUUGACCCAUGAUUCUUCUGUUAGGAAGUUAGUCAGGUUGUCCAUAAGUUGUAAAUUAUUCCCAUGUAUUAUAUUUUGCCAAAUCCCAGAUUGCUGGGUUAUGACUCAUUGCCUUCUUGUAAAAUCAAAAACUAGUUUCAGAUAUGAAAGAUAUGGUUUCCAAGUUCGUA